AUGUGGCUACAGUUGGCGCUUAUUCUCUUGAUUAUCGUUUGCAGUCAGGAAAAAGAAUUAUCUGAUUGCGACAAAUGCAUAUCUAUCCGCAAAGUAAAGGUUGGCGGUGUAGUCAUGUUCGAAGGAGUUCCAGGCAAAAAAUGGAGGCGAGAACGUUUUUUCAAUAAAGAAGAAGUAACUAGGGAUAUUCAGUGGACGAAGUACUGUGAAAGUACUGAGUUCCUUUUUGUAACGGACAAAACUUCUGCGACACCAAAAACCGAAAAUUCUAUUGUGUGUGAGGAUGGAUACCUUUCAAUUUGGCCAGUAAAGUACAGCGAUUCAGGUUAUUACUGGCAGGAUCCUGAAUGCGAAGAGAUUGAGAAGGAUGACACCACAACUGUCGAGUACACGAUGCCUUGCAAAGCGAUCAAACUUAUGGUCGUAAAUGAAACGGAGCCAAUGGAAGAAGUUGAAUGA